CGCAGAGAGGUGGGUGACUGGCCGUGGAUGGCGUUGAGUGUCCGACGCAACCAGACGUUGGUAUCCAUUUUCAAGGUGGCGGAGUCGCUUCCCCAACCCCUCUUCUCUGCUUGGCUUCCAACUUCCUUACUUCUUAGACCGCAGCCCCGCGAUUUGGAUUUCUUGGCGUGAAGGAAAAGCCUGUUUGUUACGGCGUCCAAGUGUCCCCCACCUGGCGGGGUCAGGGUCUGGUUUCGCUCUUUGCUAUCUGCCGCCUCCUCCCUUGGGAGGCUGGUUUGAGCACACCCUCACGUCUGUCCUGCGCUUAUCAAGUGAAGCCAGAGGCUUUGGAUCACGAACCCCCCUGUGACUAAUCCUUACCGAAGGUCGUUAGGACUUACGUCAACUGCUUCGUGACCCGCAUAGUUAGGAGCAGGCCUCUUUGACAUUGUCAACGAUUAUGCCCUCACCUCCAUUCAUCUUUUGCUGUUCUCGGUUGAACUCGCAGGCGUUAAACGAACCACCAACAUGAAACUCCCAUUGCCCUAAAAACCAGAGCGAACCCGUCCUGCAGCCACGAGUGGGUGGAGAAAACCCCAGAAUUCGAAGUACAGCGUCUUGUGCCGGAACGAACACUCGUGUAGAUUUCUAAUGCUUUUUAUUUUAACCUUUACAGAGAGAAGAUUAUAAAUGCCAGGACCAUGUAAGUGGUGGUUAAAUACCUUAAAUUCCUUCUUGCACCAACAUCGUCCCUGGAAGAGUUCAGGAACAGUAGCAGAGAGGAGAGACUGCACCCGCGGGUGCCAUGGCUAUACCCAUCACGGUGCUGGACUGUGAUCUCUUGCUGUAUGGCCGAGGUCACCGGACACUGGACCGCUUUAAGCUGGAUGAUGUGACCGAUGAGCACCUGAUGUCCAUGUAUGGGUUUCCUCGGCAGUUCAUUUAUUACUUAGUGGAGCUCCUAGGAACCAGUCUUUCUAGACCUACUCAGCGAUCCAGGGCUAUUAGCCCAGAGACACAGAUCCUCGCGGCCUUGGGCUUUUACACCUCGGGCUCCUUCCAGACCCGCCUGGGAGAUGCUAUUGGAAUCAGCCAGGCCUCCAUGAGUCGCUGCGUUGCCAAUGUCACCGAAGCGCUGGUGGAAAGGGCCUCCCAGUUCAUUCGCUUUCCGGCCGACGAAGCCUCCACACAAGCUCUGAAGGAUGAAUUCUACGGGCUCGCAGGGAUGCCGGGGGUCAUAGGGGUGGUUGACUGCCUGCAUGUGGCAAUCAAGGCACCCAAUGCCGAAGACCUCUCCUACGUGAACCGCAAGGGGCUGCAUUCCUUAAACUGCCUGAUGGUGUGUGACAUCCGAGGGGCCCUGAUGACCGUGGAGACAAACUGGCCGGGCAGCCUACGGGACUCCGCCGUGCUGCAGCAGUCCGCUCUCAGUCGGCACUUGGAAGCCGGGUUGCACAAAGGUAGCUGGCUCCUUGGUGACAGCUCCUUCUUUCUCCGCACUUGGCUCAUGACCCCGCUUCACAUUCCUGAAACUCCAGCUGAAUAUCGCUACAACAUGGCCCAUUCCGCAACGCACAGUGUUAUCGAGAAGACGUUCCGAACCCUCUGCUCCCGAUUCCGCUGCCUGGACGGAUCCAAGGGGGCACUGCAGUACUCUCCAGAGAAGUCCAGUCAUAUCAUCCUGGCUUGCUGUGUCCUCCACAACAUCUCCCUGGAGCACGGGAUGGACAUUUGGUCCUCUCCAAUGACAGGACCCGUAGACCAGCCCCCUGAGGAAGAGUUUGAGCACAUGGAGUCCCUGGACUUAGAGGCUGACCGUAUCCGACAGGAGCUGAUGCUUGCUCAUUUUAGUUAAUGUGGUGGAAGGCAGAGUGGACAGUGAAAGAGAGACAGAGAGAGAAAGGUCUUCCUUUGCUGUUGGUUCACCCUCAAAUGGCCGCCGCAGCUGGCACGCUGUGGCCAGCGCACCGCACUGAUCCGAAGGCAGGAGCCAGGUACUUCUCCUGGUCUCCCAUGGGGUGCAGGACCCAAGCACUUGGGCCAUCCUCCACUGCACUCCCUGGCCACAGCAGAGAGCUGGACAGGAAGAGGGGCAACCAGGACAGAAUCCGGUGCCCCGACCGGGACUAGAACCCGGUGUGCCGGCGCCGAAGGCAGAGGAUUAACCUAUUGAGCCGCGGCGCCAGCCAGAAGGGCUAAUUUUGUGUGUGUGUGAUUGUAGAGCCUCAAGAUGUUCAUACAUUUCAGUCUACUAAUAGCUAUCACUGGAAAGCUAUCCUAUGUAAAUAAUUCCAAUGAAGGAAGAGCCUCAUUCAUAUUCUACUGCCAGAGGUUUCCUGCCCUCUGGGGUCUCUCCCAUUCCCUGGACUUCUACACUGCUAGACUGCUUCUACCUUUACCAUUCCCCCCGGAGUGUGAACAAUGACCCUGGAACACCAGCACGAUGAGAACAGGUUCAAAAGAACAGAAUAGAGUUGCGACAGCAAAAUCUCCACUGGCUCACCAUUUUGGCUGCUCGAGGCCUACGCCCUCUUCUUGGCCUUCCCACUGGACGCUGCCAGUGCUGCUGCAGAGCUCCCUCGCUAGGUUCAAACCUGAUUUCCACCAUCCAGAGUAUGGCAGAGCAGAGGCACAUUUCUCAGAGCCCAGAGCCAGGAUAAGCAACAGUCUUCGCCCCCAUCUCCUCUCUCCCAGCCCGUACGCCUCAGUCCUCUCUGACCUGUUUAGCCUUUCCACCUUCUUUCGAUGUGACUGAGUGCGACAGGGACCAUAGUUAGGGCGACCAACCCCCUGGUUUGCACAGAGCUGCCACAUGUUGGUCGUGAAAGUCCCAUAUCCUGGGAAAUCCCUGAGCCCUGGGCAAGCCAGGCCCAUUGGUCAUACUCCUUCGCAGGAAGCACUUCUUCAGUGAGGUGGCUCCUCUAGGAGAACGCCGCCAGAAUACAGUGACCAGCGGUCACCUCCACAGUGAGUGACCGACUCCACACCAGUGGGCAGGGCGGCAGCAGCACAGUCAAGGCGGCCUUUGCUUUUGCUUGCCUGGAUUCAUUUUCACACGUCUUCCUCCAGUGUGAGGAGAUGCCUGUGAGUCUGAGCGUUUCAACUCCUCACCUUUGUGAUCCAGUCUUCAGUCUAAAUGCAUAAGAAAGAGCAAUCGAUCGCUGUCACACUGAAUCUUAAAUUAAUUCCAAAAGGAAACAAUGUGUGGUGGUGGUGGUAGGGUGUUUGGCACAGUGGCCAAAACGUUGCUUGGGACACCCAUGUCCCAGUCAGAGUUUCUGGGUUUGAAUCAUAACUCUGCUGCUGAUUCCAGCACUCUGGGGGCAGUAACGAAUCCAGUGGUGGGGACCCCACUACCCAUGUGAGAGACCCAAAUGCAGUUCCUGCCUUCUGACUUUGACCUGGCCCAGGCCCGGUUGUUGAGGGCAUUUGGAGCGUGAACCAGUGAAUGAAUCUCUCCCUGUCUGUCCCUGUCUGUGUCUCUCUGCCUGUUAUAUAUAUACAUACUGAAUGUGAAAAAAACAAAACCAAAAAGAAUUCUUUAAAGGAAAUACAUCUGUAGAGAUAAACUACUGCCUGUAGAAUAAACCAUCUUUUCUACAGUCCGUCUUAUGGAGCAGUCUGGCUUCAGCUUCUCAAAUAUUUCCAUUUCUGGUGACAAUUUUUGAUGAAUAUUUGCAUCAUUCUCAAAUGUUUUUCUCACAAUAUAAGUCUCCAGCUUUUGAAAAACUGACAAUGUCUGGUAACCUUGAAAUUAGUUUCUUUAGCUUUUUUUUCUCCCCCCACUGCAGUCAAGGUUUCAAAAUAAUGUAAUUAUUUGGGUCAAGUUUCAGUGAGGGCUACGGCUCUAGACACUACUUGGCGCAAGCCUCUUCAAGAAGGAAGCUCCCGCAGCGCGUUCUGUUGUAGGAGUGUAAACUCAGCUCUGAGAAGCAGCAAGGGAACGCCCCCCCCCCCCCCCAUUCACGUAGCUCCAGGAAUGUAGCAGACUGCUGUUGUCACCUGGGAUCCAGUUGCCAUUGCCUUUUAGAGGGAAUAUGUCUGCCCAGGAUAAAGACUAGUUCCCAGUUUCUCUUGAAGUUAGGUGUGGCUUUGUGACUAAAUUGUAGACAGUGGAAUUUUCAGUGGGUGGAAAUGCCCUGUGCUGUUUUCAAGAUGUGUCCUCAUGGCUAGGAGACGUACUUCUCUCUUUGUACAAAGACGUACCUUUCUCUUUCGACAAAGACGUACUUUGUCAGCUUUGGUAGCUGGAAUGUGGAUGUGAUGGCUGGAGCUUGAGCAGUCGUCUUGGAUCUUAGGUGAAGACCACUUAUUGAAGAUGCAAAGCAACAAGACAGAAGAUGGCAGGUCCCUGACACUGACAGCCACAUCUUACACUGGACUGCGUAUUGCUGGAUUUCUUUUACAUGGCAGAGAACUAAACCUGUACCUUGGUUCAGUAUUCUUUUUGUUAGCUCAUGUGCAAUAAGACCUAAUCAUAAAUAAUGUUAUAACUGCCUGUCUCCAAGAGCAGUAAUACCUAUUACACAGGAAAUGUUUAGAAGCAACAAACAUAUUCAACAAUGGGGAGCAUAGUCAAUAUAUCCCCUCAAUGGAAUAUUGGGCAAUCGUUAAAAAUAACAACUGUUGAGGCAGGAGUGUGGCCCAAUAGUUAAGCUUCCAGUUGGAACACCUGUGCAGCAUAUGGGGUACCUGGAUUUAAUACCCAGCUCUGGCUCCUGUUUCCUGCUUCAUGGCUGAUUCGAACACCAGGAGGUAGCAGUGAUGGCUUAAAUAGUUGGGUCCUUGUUACCCACAUGGGAGACUGGGAUUGAGUUCCUGGCUCCUGGCUUCAUUGUGGACAUUUGGGGAGUUGAAGCAGUGGAUGGGAGCUCUCUGUCUCUCUUUGUGUAUCUCCAAAAAAACAACUACCAUGAUUAAGGACUUUAAUAGGGAUACAUUGUGAUACAACUACAUCAUCAAAUUAAAUUUUGUGAUUUAGAAGCAUAUUUUCAAGGUUUUUUAAAGACUUUCAUAAAUGUUGGUACAAUGUUUGUUCAUUUAAGGUAUUUUUUUUUUUCUGAAAGGGAACUCCCAACUGUUUAUCUAUUUCAUUUUAUUUGAAAGGCAGAGAGACAGAGAUUGUCCAUCUGCUGGUUCACUGCCCAAAUGUUUGCAACAGCCAGGCCUGGGCCAGGGUGAAGCCAGGAGCCAGGAAGUCCAUUCCCAUUUCCCACAUGGGUGGCAGGGGCCCAAGUACUUGAGCAUCAUCUGUGGCCUCCCAGGCUAUGUAUGCAUUAGCAGGAAGCUGGAUCCAAAGAUCAGGAACUGAGGUUUGAACCAGGUACUCACAAAUGGGAUGCCUGCAUCCCAAGUGAUAAUUUAACCACUGUACCCAACACCUCCACCUGUUUGUUCUUUUUAUUAUUAUUAUUAUUAUUAUUUGUUUAAAAGGCAAAGUUAGAGAGAGAGGAGAGAUUUUCCAUCUGCUGGUUUACUCCCCAAAUGGAUGCAACUACUAGGACUGGGUCAGUCUGUGUCCAGGAGCCAAGAACUCCAUCCAGCUCUCCCACGUGGUGGCAGGUACCCAAGUACUUAGGCUGUCACCCACUGCUUUCCCAGGUACAUUAACAGACGCUGAAUUGGAAACAGAGCAUGGGAUGCUGGCACAGCAGGAGGAAGCUUAAUCUGCUGCACCACGAAGCUACCCUCUUGUUUAUUCACUUUAGUAAGUUCCUUAAAACAGUGGUAGACAACAAAAGUCCCAUGUCUAAUCCACAUACAUGGUGAAUUGUGGAUUCUAGUCCUAUGCAGCAUCAUGUGUGUAAAUUAUUCCUUAAAUAUUUUCACUGACAUACAGGAGAUGAAAAAGAAUGAGCUGAACAAGGUAUGUUAAGAUGUGCUCUUUGCCUUCAUUGGAGCAUAAACUUUUGAAGGGCUAGCACUGUCUUAUUUCAUUUUCAUACCCAUCUUCUCUCCAAGUCUCCUCCUUAGGACGUAGGGGAGACUGGUUGCUCACUCUUGGAAAUGCACAUUCCAGUGACCUCUGUGAGUGACUGAAUUGUACCUAGCAUAUCCUUACUAAUUCAUAUUUGUGCCGCGUCUAUCCAUCUGUAUACCAAGAGACUUCAGAAGGAAGCCAUAGUGUGGUGAUGAACAUGGCAGCGCAUCUUAGCAGGUUCUGUACUCAGACUUUUGAUCAUGAUGUAAGCAGCACAUUCGUGGUCCUAGGCUUUUGUAAAAAUAAUAAAGUACACCGUAAACUGCGCCCUCCCCCCACCCAGAGGUCAGCAUGCGUGACCCUGGGUUUUCCCAGCUUCCGUUGGUUAACUUGUAGCAUUAGUAGGGAUUGUUUACUUUGUUUCUCAGUCUGGAUUCCCUCUGGUUCUGUUUCUGCCUCCCUCUUUGAUUCGCCUCGCUGUUUUGUGAGGAGACUACGGGUUAAAGAGGUUUAGGGAUUUGAUCAAUGGGGACAGUGUUGGGAGUCCAUAAGGAAGUCGCUGAACUAUAGUCAAGACAAGUGUUACUGCGUUAUGAUUUGAUCUUCAACACACGAAGAACUCCAGUUCUCUAAACGUAAACAGCCG